GUUGAACAAAACGCCGGAGAACGGAACAAAGAGAAAUUGUGAAAAUAAGAUUUGUAAAUGAACAAGAAGUUCACUAAAUUAACAUAAACACGUUUUAAGAAACUCCGCAAUAUCAAAUCUAACAAAAGUUUAUUAAUUAAAUUUAAAAGCAAAAACAAACCGAUGAAAUUUUGUUUAAGCGCAGCCGCGUGCAUCGCAACACACGCACGCUGAAAGUCUCACAGACAGCGACAGUAACAAAAGCGCGCGUGUUUGUGUGUGGGGCUGUGGAGCAGCAACAGCAUCAGCAUCUAAAGCAGCAGAAAUAAAAGCAACAUCAACAAGAGCAGCAGACACACAUUUACUGCGUCGCAGUUUUCACCGUUACAGUCCGUCGUCUGUUCUUGUGGCUGCGGGCAAUUAUUCGCCAACAAAAAGGAAACUUGUGAAGAAAGUUAAUAACACAAAUACGCAAAGAGGACAUUGAAUUAUUUGCAUUAAAAUAAAAAAGCGAACAACAAACAACUUUGCAGCUAAAAACAAAAACAAAUCAUCAGCCAACCCCUUGAGGCGACCGUUAAAGGCGUGAGAAUUGCGAUUUAAGCAAAUAAGCAAUUGUUUUGCGCAUUUUUAUUUUAUAUGCAUGCGUACAUACAUAUAUAUAUAUAUAUAUAAUGCGUAUAUAAACGAAGGAGAGAGCGGCAAGGCAAGGAAACGUCAUUGAACGGGCGACGCUGCCGACAGCAAAGCUGUCUGGCCGUCUGACCGGGUGGGUGGUGGUGGAGGAGCAGCAGCAGCAGCAACAACAACAACAAGAAUAGCAGCAAGCACAGCAACUGUUGGCGACGAUUGUCAACACCCACGCACCGAUUUACUUGUAACAACAGCAAGAGUAGCACCACGAACAAGAACAACGGCUACAGAAUGAUCUCAAACAAAAAAGCGUAUGCCAUGAAAAUGUUGCAAUUGGCACUGGCCUUGAGCCUGCUCCAUGUUGAUCCCGACUCACUCCUGCAACAGCGACUGCGUCGUUGGGAUGACCAGCUGGAGUUGACCCAAGGCGUCGGUAGCUGGGAGUUGGAAAUAUUACGCAGUGUACCCAUGGUUGAGACCCAAGAUCCAUAUGGGAAUCGUAAGGGCAUUCCCCCGGUUAUUGCGGAUCUAUUGCGCUACGAUGAUCUGUCUCCAUCCUAUAAAUUGUCCAAAAGCUUUAAUGCCAGCGCUGUGGUCAUGAAUCUGCACAAUACCACAGGCAAUAGUAGCGUCCAGACUGCUGCACUGCAGGAUAUGCAAAGCACGGCUGGUGGGGCGACGGGCAAUGCAGUUGGCGGGGGUGGAGCGACGGCAGCAGGUGGCGGAAGCAGCGCUUCCAGUGCGGGCAACGAACUUCAUAUCGAUACCUCAUCCAUAGCCACUGGCAGUAUUGCGCUUACGCCGACUCCAGAACUAGAUAUAUUUCUUUCGCCUGAUCUGUUGCAAGACGAACGUUCGAUUUGGGAGCAGAAUUUGGCCGAUUUGCAGGACUAUGGCGACUUUACUGUGAGCAGUCCAUAUGCUGGACUGCCGCUCAAGGACGGACAGCAGCAGAACAACACACACUUGGACUUGAGUCUAGCCGCCCUCCUACAAGUGGGUAUGCAGCAGCAGGAGCAAAGACGGGAGGGCGCCACAGCCUUGAACGAUAGCACGCCGCAUCCGAGCAGCUCCGCCAGCGUAACUGCGAAUCAAUUUGAUGAGGAUGCGGAUGAUUUGUUCGGCCACUCUCCUAACUUGGCCAUCUGCUCUAGUCUGGUCAAUGCCUGUGAGGCGGAGGGCGUGCAUCCGAGCGACACUGAAGGCGCCAUUGGACCAGCUGCAGGGACGGAGGAGCAGCCCGAACUAGAGGACAAUGGAUUCGCCAAUGAGGUGGAGGUCGUCUAUGAGGAGGAAAGCGAAAUCGCUGAAGUGCUUUACAAGCAGGAUGUCGAUUUGGGCUUCAGUCUCAAUCAAGAGGAUAUCAUUAAUGCAUCCUACGCAAGAAGCAAUCCAUCGGCCGAUGCGGCCAAAACGUUGACGGAUAAUGCCAAGAACUCUGAUAACAAUGAAUGCGCCUCUUCCUCCUCCUCCUCCGCCUCUACGGACGAUACUGAGAAGCUGAAAGCUUUGGAGGAGCUUCAGCAAGAUAAGCCCAAGGUUGAUGACAAGAGCACGAAUCCCCUGGAAGAUAUUACAAACGAAUGGGAUGGCAUACCCUUUACGAUUGAUAAUGAAACUGGUGAAUAUAUUCGCUUGCCUCUGGAUGAGUUGAUUGAUGACGUGCUGCGACUUUCGGAAUUGCCACUAGAAGAAGAAGAUCUAAAUAGCGAUUCUAUUGCUUCAACAUCGCAAGCGGCCGCCGCUUUAAACAACAACAAUAUUCCGUCGGUGGUACAGACGGAGAAGGAUAAUUCUGAGAACAGCGCUGUCAACUCUGAGCCAAGCAUCAACGAUUCGAAAGACGAUUCCAACUCCAUUGGAGACGAGGACAGUGACGACGAUACUUUCUCCAUUGGUUUCGGUUUAGAUGAGGAGACCAAGAAGGAACUAGACGAAAUGUUGCAGUCAACGGCGCCACCGUAUCAUCAUCAUCCCCACCAUCACCACCAGAUCGCUCAUCAUGCCGCUGCCGCAGCUGCUGCCCAUCACCAUCACCACCAGCGGGCGGUGCAGGCCGGCCCCAACUAUGCCAGCGUGGGCAGUGGCGCGAACAGCGCUUUCCAUCGUCAGACGUCGGCAAGCGGCUUCCAUCAUGGACCCCAUCAGAGCCGCAUGCCGCCGCUAAAUCGCAUGGAACGCUUGCAGGACAUUGCCACAUUCUUGGCUCCCAUUCCGAGCAUGGAAAUGCCCCCCUAUCCGCACUAUCCCAGUUAUUCGUAUCAGGGCCCGGGAGCCGCUAUGCCGCCCACUCAGCAGUAUGGACAUGGGGUGGCGCCGCCACCGCAUCAUGGCCACCAUGCAGCCAUGUUGCAUGCCACCAAUUCGGCCCUUGGAGACAUUUGCUCAGCCGCCGGUGCCCCCCAACCCCACUACGGCCAUAACUUGGGCUCUGCCGUCUCUUCCAGCAUGCAUCUGACUAACUCGAGUCACGACGCCGAUGGUGCAGCGUCCGCCGCUGCCGGCAACCCCUACAAGAUGGAGCACGACAUGAUGUAUUACUCGAACGCUUCUUCGGACAUGAAUCAUACCACAGAUGGAUUUAUUAACUCGUUUUUGAAUGAUGAAGAUUUGCAUUUGAUGGAUAUGAACGAAAGCUUCUGUCGCAUUGUGGACAACAGCACCAGCAACAAUUCUUCGGUUCUGGGAUUGCCCAGCGGUGCUACAUCAGGUCAUGGUAGCCACUCCUCUGGAGGUGCUGGUUCCCUUGUACCUGGAGCCAGUGGCAAUCACGCAGCGGUUGGCGCAAGCGCAGGACUUCCUAUGAGUGGUGCAGCCGGUGGAGCUGCAGUGGGCAUGACCGCCGAUCUUUUGCCCAGCGGUGGUGGAGGCGCGCAGGCUGGCGCCGAUCGUCUGGACGCAUCCAGUGACAGUGCCGUGAGUUCAAUGGGCUCCGAACGUGUGCCAUCCCUCUCGGAUGGGGAGUGGGGCGAGGGCAGCGAUUCGGCGCAGGAUUAUCAUCACGGCAAAUAUGGCGGGCCAUAUGACUUCAGUUACAACAACACAACACGUAUAAGUGCGGCCACACGGCAGCCCCCAGUAGCGCAAAAGAAGCAUCAGCUUUAUGGAAAGAGGGAUCCGCACAAGCAGCUGCCCAGCGCUAUGCCAACAGCUGCACCGCCGCCAGGAGCUACUGCACCACCCCUUCCGCCAACCGCCCAGGCCAGCGCCGUGCAGUGCCAGGCUCAGGCACAGGUGCAGUCCAUUAAAUACGAAUACGACGCAGGCUACGCGGGCAUGGCCAGUGGACCUGUACCGCUCCAGCUGAGCAGCAGCGAGCCAGGUGCCAUGGGACCUUCCCUCUCGAAGGACUAUCCCCAUCAUCAGGGCUAUGGCAUGGGUGGUGCUUAUUCGGUGGACUACACCGUACGUCCCCCACGCACGCCCCAGGAAAUUGUCACGCACAAUCACACGUAUUCUCUGCCCCAGGGUACGGGCUCACAGCCACGACCACAGGCGCGCGACAAGAAGACACCCCACGGGGGAGCAGCAACCAAACAUACGUCAUCGAAGGCAGGUGGAAGCAGCGCCAGCAGCCUCAGCGAGGAGGAACAUUUGACGCGCGAUGAGAAGCGUGCUCGCGCCCUCAACAUACCCAUACCAGUGAGCGACAUCAUCAACUUGCCGAUGGACGAGUUCAACGAGCGUUUGUCCAAGUACGAUCUCAGCGAGAAUCAACUGUCGCUGAUACGCGAUAUUCGGCGACGUGGCAAGAACAAGGUGGCAGCCCAAAAUUGUCGUAAACGCAAACUGGAUCAGAUACUCACGCUCGAGGAUGAGGUAAACAGGGUGGUGAAGCGCAAGGCACAUCUGACUCAGGAGCAUGACUCCCUGGACGCUGAACGCAAACGCAUCUCCAACAAGUUCGCCUGUCUGCAUCGUCACGUGUUCCAGUAUCUCCGCGAUCCGGAGGGUAAUCCCUGCUCUCCCACUGAUUACAGCUUACAACAGGCUGCCGAUGGAUCAGUUUAUUUGUUGCCGCGCGACAAAUCUGAUAGCAACAGCACAGGCACAACCGCGUCCAGUGCCGUGGCAUCAUCUGGCAGUAGCAACCUGAAUGGACAUGCCCACAAUGGCAUUGCGCGCACACAGGCAUCGUUGCAUAAUCAUUUGGCGCCGGCGCCGCAGCUUCAUCAGGCAUCUCCGCAUGUGGCGGCCAUGUCGCAGCAGCAACAGUUACAAUUGCAACAGCAACAACAGUUGCAUCAGCAACAACAACAGCAAUUGCAGCAGCAGCAACAAGCCCAGAAUCAGCAACAGCCGCAACAUCCGCACCAUACGACGCAGCACAAGGAAUGAAAGUACCUGUUAGAGCGAAUUGCCGCAACAACAAGUUGGUUGACAAACUUUCAACAGCAGCAACUGCAGCGCCAACAACAGCACCAGCAGCAGCAACAGGGGCGACAACAGCGCCAGGAACAGCAAUACGAGUACCGUUACGAUUUCUACAACAACAGCUAUUUGUAUUACUAAAGACAGCUCUUGCCAACAUUUGCUUUCUAGCUCUCUCCUCUCUCUGUUCAUACAGUUUGGCUUUGGCGUGUGUCUGCUUGAGAGCGGCAACAUGUUGCGGGCAACACAUGUUGCGGAAACAGUGCUGCUGCCACAAAUCGAGCAAGCAACAAACUGAUUUUCUUUACUCUGCACUACUUCCCGUAUGGUUUUUAGUCAACGUAUUUGUUAUUUAUUUUAUAAUUUUUAGCGUUUCCAUAAACAUUUUAAAUUUUUUAUUAGAUAACUUCAAUUUGCAUAUCAUGUGUUACAUAACAAGCUUCCCUGCUCUCGUUAAACAUUAGGAUAUGGUUUUUACUUAAUCCUCAGAUCAUGAUAGGAAAACUUUAAAACUAAAAUAUUACUUGUGAUAAAUAAUUUUUUAACUCUAUAUUUCUCUUAAUUCUUGAAAUAAAAAAUUAAAAAACAGUCAACAUGCCGGAAGAAAAAAAAAACAAAAGAAAAUGAAAAAACAAGAAGAAAGAAAAUCAUAAAAGAAAGAAACAAAAAAAAAAAUACAGUAAAGACCGACCACACACACACUCACUCUCAAUCACACUUUCGUUUUACAACGCGUCGUCCAAUACAAAAUGAUGCUACACACUACAUUUACAUAAUAAUGCUAAUAAUAAUAGUUGUAUAAAAGCAUGUAAAAUAUAUUUCAUAAGGCACACGAUUUGUAAAGGUUGAGAAAGAUCGAUGGCUGGAUACUCGACAAUGUUGUAUCUAACGCGUGUAGUUUAUAGCUUAUACACACAUAUAUACGUAGUUAACGCGAUAACGAAGCAGUGUGAAGCGUUUUAAAGUCUAGGGCAUUUAUAUACAUACAUACAAACAAACAAACACACACACACACGCAUACAUAAGGAACCCAAAUAGAAAUAAUGAUACCAGCUAGUGGAUAAUUCGUCUAAGUUAUAGUUGUAAGUCUAGCUACUAAGAUUUGUAAAUAGCUAUAUAUAAUUAAAUUAGCGCUAAACUGCAGCUGAAUGUAAAUGCUUCUUAGCUCGAAGGGUAGAAAAAAAAAACAAAAAAAAAAAAAGUUAAACUGUACUACAACAACAGCAACAUGAGAAACAACUAUAUUGUACACAAAACUGUCACAAAGGCCACGACCUCGGCACCUUUGCAGUUCGAAAGUUGCAAAAACAAACAGAGUAAUAUUAAUAUUUAAUAUUCUUACACAUGUCCUAUUGCAUAAAGAGUUUAACUAUAUAGUACAUACGAUUAGCGAUAAAGAUAAUUGUUACAUACACACACACUUACACAUGCAUACAUACACAUACGUAUUCAAAUUGUUGUAAUUGAUUUCGUAUAUGCAUAUGUUUGUCGCAUAUGAUUUGCAAUCUGGUGGCCAAUAAUGUGUGACUCCAGACGCAAGAUGCGAUAUUAUUUGUUGUAAAUGGUACUAAAAUUAAACAAAAAACUACUAUGCGCGCGCCUGUAAACAUAAGCAAACGUAACAAGGCAAACUUCGUACUAAAAUUGACAUAAAUAAUAAAACCUAAGUAAUGCCCAUGGGACACUAGACUAAGCGCUCGUCGUUAGCUUUUGAAGUUACGAACAAUCGGGUUUCCCAGUUUCUUUGGAUUGCUAACAUAGCACAGCUCUGAUUCCAGUUGGACAUACAAGUAAAAAGACAUCGCCGCUGGACUAUUUGGCAAUUCGGAGUGACUAUUCAAGUGUCUAAUUCAGUCUAGUGGCGCAUGGGCACAGUUUGUUCUAUUUGUCUAUGUUUAUUUCAAAUAAAUUGCUUUAACAAAACAAAAAACUUCUCAGCAACAAAAACAAAAAAAAAAAACGAAAUAAAAAACGAAACUUAAAAAUA